ACCUUGGUUAUGGUAGCAGUAAUAGUAGUGAUGGUGGCACUGGUGCCGUUGGUAUGUUGAUUGAUGUACCGACACCGACUCCAUCUUAUGAUGGAAAAAGCAGAUUUACUGAAAGGUUCUGA